CGCGAGAGGCGGUGGCGUAGCGGGCAGGAGCUGUGGAGCGGGAACCCGGGGACGGGCUGAGGCGGCGACAUGUUGGUGGGACAGGGUGCCUUUGGUUGUUUAGUCUGUUUCUUCUGUUUUGAAGAGAGAAGUGCAGCUGUUUAGCAGGUGUUUUAACUUUGCAGUAGGCUUUUUUGUUGCGCAGUUUUAAAUAUUGGAGGUUGUAUGAUUCUGUCAGCUGAGCCAUUUUCUUGAGGGAAGGGGAAGUCAGCCAUCGCCGAUUCUGUUCAACGCUAACGAUUCGUUCGGGGGCGCGUUUAAAUUAGACCCGUUUUAAAAGAAUGCUUUUUUUAAAAAAAAUGGUAUUUUGAUUUCUUUUUCUGUUAUAUUUUGAGACGCUUCUUUGGUUCGGUACAUUGGACUACUUCACUUUAACACUUUGAAAAAGAUCCACUACUUCACUUCGCAAUUUGAAAAUUUGAAACUUUCCCCCUCUCUUUUUUUUUUUUUUACAGUGUUCAGUAGAGUAUUAAACCAGAUAAGACAAUUCAGCUGAUGACCACGAAGCGUUCUAGCCUCUUUCAUAGCUUUUCCUAGCUUCCUAGCAACAAAUGUGCGCUAAAAUAGCUCUUCUGGGACACAGAGCACAGUUUAAAGUCAGUAGUUGUCUUUUUGGUGCAUUAUCUGUCCAGUCACCUGGUGCAGUCUUUUUGGAGUAUUUUUAGGGAUAAGGGAGAAUCUUUCCCAGGAAAAUUCGGGAUGGCACAUGCUCGUAUCUCAGCCAACCUGACCCCUGAUAUAGAUCCCACAAAAGCUCCUAUUGCAUUUGGAAAGAGGGCCCUUCCUAAACUGAAUGAGGAGUUACAGUCUCCUGAGCUACUGACUCAGCAGCGGGCAUUGAUGGUGCUCUGCGAUCUUGUCCAUGACCCAGAAAAAGUCUACCAGGCAAUAGAAAUAGGAUUCUUGGAUAACCUGAAGACUUUGCUGCUACAUCAUGACAGUACUGUCCGACAAAAAACAACACAAAUCCUCUAUAUAAUGGCUAUGCAUAAUGUUGGUAGGCAAGGAUUGAUCCAAAAUGGAGUUAUUUCUGCCCUCGCUGAGUGCUUGGAUGAUCCAGUAGAUAUCUGUCGGAAGAACACGCAUCAGGUUUUUGAAAUGAUGUCAAAAUUACCUGAAGGGGCUGUCGGCGUACUGCAUGCCGGUUUGAUUCCCUUGCUUGUAUUCAAAUUGAAGACUGAGCCAGAGGAAAUCCAGGAGCUAAUCCUUGAUACACUCUCCAACUGUCUGCGUGUGGAGGCUUCUGAAGCUCUAGCAACUGGUGUCGUUACUAUCCUGAAGGAAAAGCUCACACACUCAUCACUGGCCAUCAGAAGCAAAGCAGCUCGUGUCCUGUUGGAAAUUGGUACUCAUCCAGAGGGGAAAAGCGCCGCAUGUGAAGAAGUUAUUCCUGUGCUGGUGAGCCUGGUGGAAGACACAGAUCCUGAAGUCCAAGCUAGUGCGACAGGAGCGCUGAUGUUUGCUACUGUUAAACCUCAGGGGAGAUUCUCAGCCCUAGGUGCUAAAGCCAUUCCACCUUUGCUGAAGUUGGUUGCCGAGGAAACCAGCAAAGCCCGUCUGAGCGCAAUCAAAACCCUCACCAUGCUGGCUGAGGUACCGGAGGGCCGCAGGACACUCCUACAUCACACAGAUACAUUUCAGCAGUGCCUGAACGACCCCUGUGAGGCAGUGAGAAGAGCUGCCAAAAUUGCCAUCAGUGUCAUCCAAUGGAAACCUUUCUGAAGACGUGACGUUUCGUAGAGAUCUAUUGCCCUCUGUUGUUGUCUGGCUGUAAAAGUUGUAUCAUUAUAUGAGACCUUCAAAAACAAAACUCUCUUUCUCAGUUACUCUGGAUCAGUUCCUCCCAAAAAGUCAGUUGUCAACAGAUUCACAUCUAUAUUGCAGGUCACAGGCAGAAUCAUGGGCAAAAAGGAAAGUUAGGAAGUCUAGAAUUCUCCACUAGGAAUUACUUCCCGAGUUAAGAAG